AUGGCGACGCCCGCGCCUUGCACGCGCCCGCCGCCCCUGUCACUAGGCCAGACGAUCCGCCUGCACUGCAAAGAGCGCCUCUACGUGGCGCCCCUGCACUGGACCGACCACCAGCUCGAGCUCCUGCAAUGCCGCUUUGACGAGGCUCGCGCUGCCGACGUCGACGCAUGCGACGUCGAGGAUACGACGGGCAGCUUCUUCUGGAAGAUCAACCUUGACCAUUGGCGGCGAGACGUGCGCGGGACGUGCGUGGAUAGCCUGCUGGCCGAUGCUGGCUGUCCUCUGCGGCCGGGCUAUUUGGCUUGCCACGCAACCUUUCAUCGCCGAGCCCAGCCCGACAUGGCCGCCUCGACCCCAACUCUGCCUGCUGUCGCCCACGUCGACCUCGCGCGCCUCUCAGACAUGCGCGGCAACUCGAUGCGUCCAUCCCUCAGCACCACCCGCCGCGGCCGAGACACGACGUGGACCCUAUACAAGCUCAAGCUGCAGAGCAUCAUCUCUAAGGAGCCACUACGGAACCCCUACCUCGUUACCAUGCUGAUUGCAAUGACAUAA